GCAGCUUGUGUUCUGAUUGGCUGGUGUGAGCUGUGGGCGGGAUCAGAUGGAGGGCUGAAUCAUUCAUGUACAAUACACCGAUUAAAGCGCGCUCUGUGCUGGAUCAUAUAGCGCGAUCAGAGGUAUAGAACAGAUUAAUGUGAUUAUCAGGAUGAAGAAGAGUGCGGUGAUGAAGAUGUAAUGGCGUAAACUCCGCCCAUCAGCCUCCAUCUGAACAGCAGCUCACACACAUCGCUGUUUUAUCGCUCGUUUUGGGUCAUGCCGCCUCCAUCAGACAUUGUGAAGGUGGCCAUCGAGUGGCCUGGUGCAAACGCUCAACUCAUCGAAAUUGACCAGAAGAAGCCGCUGGCGUCCAUCAUUAGAGAAGUGUGUGAUGGAUGGUCUCUGUCGGGAUCGGAGCAGUUUGCCCUGCGUUACGCUGACGGGCCGCAGCUCUACAUCACUGAACAGAGCCGUAGUGAAAUGAAAAACGGCACCAUCCUCCGACUGGCCAUCUCUCCUAUGCGAGCCGCUCGACAGCUGCUGGAGCGGAUCCAGUCUCAUGGGAUCGACGCCCGUCUGGAGGCGUUGAAAGAGCUCGCUAAACUCUCAGCUGACCCCACAUUCGCCACAGAGUUCAUCAACAUGGAAGGCCUGGCGACGCUGGCACGGCUGGUGGAGAGCGGCACACAUUUUGGUGAGAUGUUGGCCUUCACUCUCACGGCAUUUCUGGAGCUCAUGGAUCACGGCAUCGUGUCCUGGGAUCUGAUAUCUAUGUCCUUCAUCAAACAGAUCGCAGGUUACGUGAACCAGCCCAUGGUGGACGUGUCCAUUCUGCAGCGCUCACUGGCCAUCCUGGAGAGUAUGGUGCUCAACAGCCACAGCCUGUACCAGCGCGUGGCGCAGGAGAUCACUGUGGCGCAGCUCAUCGCACACCUGCAAGUGUCCAAUCAGGAGAUCCAGACGUACGCCAUCGCUCUCAUCAACGCCCUGUUCCUCAAAACCCCCGAGGACAGACGCCAGGAGAUGGCAAGUACACUGGCACAGAAACACCUCCGUGGCAUCAUACUAAACCACAUCAUUCGAGGGAAUCGACCCGUCAAAGCUGAAAUGGCACAUCAGCUGUACGUGCUGCAAGUUUUGACCUUCAACCUUCUGGAGGAGCGCAUGAUGACCAAAAUGGACCCCAAUGACCAGACACAGAGAGAUAUCAUAUUUGAGCUCCGAAGAAUCGCGUUUGAUGGAGACAGUGAUCCAGGCGGAACGGAAAAGAGAAAAGCAAUCUACACUAAAGACUACAAGAUGCUGGGCUUCACCAAUCCUAUGAAUCCUGCCAUGGAUUUCACUCAGACGCCACCGGGAAUGCUGGCACUCGACAACAUGCUGUACCUCGCCAAACUGCAUCAGGACACGUAUAUCAGGAUUGUUCUAGAAAACAGCAGUCGAGAAGAUAAACACGAGUGCCCGUUUGGUCGCUGUGCCAUUGAGCUGACGCGCAUGCUGUGUGAUAUUCUACAGGUUGGAGAACUGCCGAAUGAAGGAUGCAACGACUACCAUCCGAUGUUUUUUACCCAUGAGCGCGCUUGGGAAGAGUUCUUCUGCGUUUGCAUACAACUGCUCAACAAGACAUGGAAGGAAAUGAGGGCCACUGCGGAAGAUUUCAACAAGGUGAUGACGGUCGUGCGUGAGCAGAUCACCAGAGCUCUGGCCAUGAAGCCGCCAUCACUGGAGCAGCUGCGGGUCAAACUGCGCAGUCUGAGCUACUCUGAGAUCCUGCGUCUGCGUCAGUCUGAGAGAAUGAGCCAGGAUGACUUCCAGUCGCCUCCCAUAAUAGAGCUCCGUGAGCGGAUCCAGCCGGAGAUUCUGGAGCUGAUCAAACAGCAGCGACUCAACCGCCUGUGUGAGGGAAGCUGCUUCCGCAAACUCGGCAAUAGACGGAGACAAGAGAAGUUCUGGUUCUGCCGCCUGUCGUUGAAUCACAAGGUCCUUCACUAUGGAGAUCUGGACGAGUCUCCGCAGGGUGAAGUGCCGUUCGAGCUGCUCACCGAUAAGAUUCCUGUGUCGGACAUGAAAGCCGUGCUGACAGGGAAAGACUGUCCGCACAUGAAGGAGAAGAGCGCGCUCAAACAGAACAAGGAAGUGUUAGAGUUGGCAUUUUCCAUCCUCUAUGAUCCUGAUGAAGCUCUCAACUUUGUGGCGCCCAACAAAUAUGAGUACUGCAUCUGGACGGAUGGACUCUCGGCUCUGUUGGGGAAGGAGUUGGGCAGCGACCUCACACGAAGUGACCUUGACACAUUAAUGAGCAUGGAAAUGAAGCUCCGCCUCCUCGAUCUGGAAAACAUCACCAUCCCCGAGGCUCCGCCCCCUGUGCCAAAAGAGCCCAGCACGUACAACUUCACCUAUAACUACGGAUGAGUUUGUCCAUUUAAUCAGUGUGUUUUUCUGUGUCUGUCACUCUUCAGAGGUGAAGUGUGUCACUAAGAUACUUUCUUGCCAAUUUCAUGUACUGUAAGUCCGUCACUGGUAGUUUGACGUGCUGACGCGUGACGUCUGUUUGCCCGACACGUCAACUACUGACGCGACCGAGUUCAACAUGGACGAAAGGUGCGGAAGCAGCAGAAAUGACACACUUCACCUUUAAGCUAGUGUAUGUGCCUAUACUACACACAUGAACUACGAGAGUAUUUUUUCAGUCCCUUUUCAAAUGUUUGUAAGGUAGAAAAACAAGCGGUUCUUCUGUCUUCAAGUAUUUGAGUCGAAGAAAAGCCCUGCAGAAACAGUAUCUUAGACAUCAUUCUGUGUUUAGACAUUGUAAGGCAUCUACGUCCAUGUGCUGAUGUGAUGUUAAAAGCUUGAGUAACAAAACUGAACAAUUAGUAACUUUGUACCCCACAGAUCCGUCCGAAGAUAACUAAUAUUUACUGACGUUUGCUUUUGUCAAUAGAAAUAUAUAUUUUUGUACUUGAUGUGAAAGACACUAUAUGAUACAUUGAGGAGUUUGCAUGAAAGAACGAAAAGUGCAAGAAGAUGGAAACGUAUUGUUAUGCUGAGUUUUGAUGUUUAACAGGAUGAACUGAAGUACCGCAGCUGCUCUGAGAUAUCAGCGUUCAAUACAGUCCUUCAAAAACUAUGAUAAUAGCCAUACGACUUCAUUUGGGUUAUUUCUUUGUUCCAGUAUCCAAACAUGACAGGAGAAAUGCCUGCUGAUGAUAUUUACACAUGUUGUUCUUCUCUCUCUGGUGGCGUUCAUAUUUGAUUGGCAUAAUAUAAGGUUGAAAACACAGAUAACCCAGAGAUAGGUGACUAACAGAGGUAUAAUUAUUUGCUUCAUUAUAAGCCUGUGUGAAGCCCGGUCGUUUUUGAAUGUUUUAGUGGCAGGUAUCAGUAUUUGGUUUGAAAUAUUAGUACACAUUAUAAUUAUAUAGUGCCUUCAGAAAGUAUUAAUUCCCAUUUAUUUCUCAUUCCAGUUGAUUUUCCUGUUUUUGAUUUUACUGUUAUUGGAGGUAUUAUUUCAACAUAUUAAAAUUUGGCGGCGUAACAAAAGGGUGUGAAUACUUCCUAAAGGCCACUGUAUAUGAACUGUAUAUAUUGUGCUGCCUUUAUCACAGUAAUUGCAAUGGAUUUGUGUGCAAUAAUAAAAAAAUGUUAAAGUGA